CCCAGUGCGCUGGAGGAUGACGAGGAGGAUGAAGGUCACACAGUGGUGGCCACGGCCCGGGGGAUCUUCAACUGUAACGGCGGGGUGCUGAGCUCCAUCGAGACGGGAGUCAGCAUCAUCAUCCCCCAGGGAGCCAUCGCAGACAGCGUGGAACAGGAGAUCUACUUCAAGGUCUGCCGGGACAACAGCAUUCUGCCCCCCCUGGACAAGGAGAAAGGUGCGUCUAGCGCUUGCCUUUGUAUUAUGUUUUCUUAAUCAUUAUGCCCAGUGGAUAGUAUAUCGUAUUUUUAUUUCUCUAGUAGUAUUGCUGCCAACUCAGAACCCUGAAAACAGGGGUUCAAAUCCCCUGGUCCACCUCUUAACUUCCAUCCCUUUCAACAGUUUCCUCCUUUCUCAAGAUCUUAAAUAUGAAAGGAGAGCAGAAUAUGAAUGUCAGUCUUGCCUCUGUCUUAUUCCAUCCAGGAGAGACCCUGCUCAGCCCUCUGGUGAUGUGUGGGCCUCACGGCCUCAAGUUCCUGAAGCCGGUGGAGCUGCGCCUACCUCACUGUGCGUCUAUGACCCCUGAUGGUUGGUCUUUUGCUCUAAAAUCCUCCGACUCCUCGUCGGGUACGCUGUCCUCUAUCUCUGUCCUUUUGGGAGUUGGGUCAGGGCUUCAGGUGGCUUGUGUGAUUGGUUGGGGGGUUGGGUUGGGCUUGUGUGAUUGGUUGGUGUGAUUGAGGAGGGGUCACCAUAGAGUUGGAUACAGGGUACAGCUCCAUUUUGAUUCGGUCAGUCAAGUAAAUGGAAAUUCUAAGUCAAUAAUAUAUGUUUUAAAAAAUGCAUUGAUAUCUCAAUAAACAGAAUGAAGAGCUCUUAAAUGUAUUUUAUAAUUGUUUUUAAUAAUCACUUCCUGAAUUGUAUGAAUUGAAAUGUAAUUGACCCCUGUCAAGGAGUGAUCUGGCUUGUUCAUGAUCAAUCUUUUAAAUAAUCUAAUCUACUGGUUUCUACUGGUUCUAUUGGUCAUCUCCUGGUUCCCAUGUUCCAGUCAUUCCAUUUUCUAGUCACAACAUUCAAUUUUCUAGUCACAACAUUCCAUUUUCUAGUCACAACAUUCCAUUUUCUUUAUGGGGUUUUGCAACAUUCAGUAUUCACCUACUUCAUUAUUUCUGACAAUAGUUACAAUGUGAGGAAUUAUGAAAUAUAUAAUUUCUUUGCACCUGACAUUGCUAAUCCAUUUUAAAGGCUUUGACGUUUGUAAGAAGCUGAAUUUGUACACAGUAUUAAAAUGUGACAAUAUUUUGAGUAAAAGUAGUUCUGAAGUAUUAAAAGCUAUCGAUGGUUUAUGUACAGCAUCUAAAUAUACAUUUCUCACAAACAACAUCGUAUGACUGAUGAUUUUGUGUAAGUUCUCGUCAGCAGAUGCUGUUAUUUACGGUCUGUAGGUCACUCUUAACGUAACACCGGGCCUUCAAAACCAACGUAAAGAACCGCACACUAAGAAAGACAAAUGACCGACCCGACCGACCGAUAACUGUUCUUGUUUCUCUAAAUCCUCCAGGUGACCCCAAGACAUGGCAGAACAAGUCUCUUCCAGGUGACCCCAACUACCUGGUGGGAGCCAACUGUGUGUCUGUGCUCAUCGAUCACUUC